CUUUGACAGUACCUUGCGCAGUAGGGAAAAAUAUAAGCAUCAGGUAGAGUGUAGGGAGAAACGAGCAUAAAGCGAGUGAGGAUGAUCUUUUUCCAUCUUUGGCGAACCAAACCGUAGCUUUCUCUACAAACAGUGACAUGCUGGAGGCUAUUCCGGAGCUCAUAUAUAGCCUGAAACUUCAAACUUUUCUGAUCAGAUAGACUUUGUUAGACUAGUGAACAGUUCUUCGAAAUGAAGUGCCUAAUAGUUGCUUUCAUCACUCUUCUCAUCGCUUCUUCUUCGGCGAAUUCUGAUGGUUAUCAAACAAAUCAUACACGGAUUAAACGACAGUUCUCAUUGGGCAGUAUUCCAAUAGUUUUAACUAACAAUGGCCUAACAACCCUGGUCGACAUGGUGGUAAAAGCUGGAUUGGCAGACGCGCUUUCCGGUCCAGGACCCUUUACUGUAUUUGCGCCGAUAAAUAAUGCUUUCAGCGCCGUAGAUCCAUCAACACUCAAUGCCAUUAUGAGUGACAUUACAGUUCUAAGACAAGUAAUUGCCUAUCAUGUCGUGGAAUCAACUCUACCAGCUGCAUUGUUCAAAAAUGAGUUGACACCACUCACCGCUUCAGGAGAAAGCCUUCGCGUCAACGUUUAUGAUUCUGGAGAUGCAAAAACGGUGACCAUCAACGGAGCGUUAAAGAUAAGAACUAUAGAAGCAACCAAUGGCAUCAUCCACGUUAUCAAUAAAGUUCUUAUACCCGAGCCCCAAAGCAACAUCAUAGAGGUUUUGGAAAAAAAAGGCAAAUUUACGACACUUUUGACUGCGUUGGCCGUUGCUGGUUUAACAACAACCAUUCAAAAUGCGGGACCGUUCACGCUGUUUGCUCCAACCGAUGACGCUUUUAGGUCUCUCCCAGCUGGAACUCUAGACUCUUUGAUUACCAAUCGCGAAGAACUUAAGAAAGUUUUGCUAUCUCACGUUGCGUCUGGUACUCUCUACAAACGGGGACUUUCUUCUGGUCUCGUCCCUGUCAUCGCCGGUGGUAACGUUAAAGCUGCUGUAGGUUUUGACGGAGCCAUGUUUGGCAAUGCCCAGAUGAUCGAGACGGACCUUUUUGCGUCUAAUGGAGUCAUCCACGUCAUUAACUCUGUAAUUAUUCAACCAGUCGGUCAACCACCAAAAGCUGUUUUCAGCCAACGAGCAAAAGCUGUUGACAACCAACCAUCAAAAACUGUUGAUAUCCAACCAUCAAAAGCUGUUGAUAUCCAACCCUCAAAAGCUGUUAACAUCCAACCAUCAAAAACUGUUGACAUACAACCAGUAAAACCUCCUGUUAAUCAACAGAAAACAAGGGUAGCCCGCACCAUUGCAUCAAUGUUGAACGAGAAUGGGCUUACUACACUGGCCGAUUUAGUCGUGAAAGUUGGUUUGGUCAAUGUACUUUCUCAACAAGGCUCGUUUACGCUCUUUGCACCGACAAACGACGCUUUCAGCGCUUUGGAUUCGGUCACAUGGAAUGCGCUUUUGCAAGACGUUAAUCUUCUAAAACGUGUUCUGACUUACCACAUUGUUCCGUCCGCCAUACCUCCUGCAUCUAUGAAAAACGAACUGGUUACAAAUUCGCUAUCCGGUGAAAGUCUUCGCAUCAACGAGUACAAUAACAGGAAGGUGGUUACCGUUAACGGGGCACUAAAGUUAAAGACUCUGGAAGCUGAAAACGGCAUCGUUUACGUAAUCGACAAGGUCCUCAUACCAGAUAAUAAUAAAAGUAUCGUUAAAGUGCUUGAAACUAAAGGAAAAUUCACGACUUUGAUGACGGCGCUUGUUGUUUCUGGAUUGAAAAAUCAUCUUGACACAGCCGGACCUUUCACUCUGUUCGCACCAUCCGACGAUGCCUUCAAAGCCCUUCCGGCUGGUGUAUUGAAUUCUUUAUUUACGAACCCGAGCGAAUUGCAAAAGGUUCUGCUUAGUCACGUCAUUCCCACCACCGUGUAUAGCCGGGGACUUUCUAGUGGUCAUCUCAAUCUCGCCCGAGGUGGAAAAGUUGCUGUAACUGUGAGCCAAAGUGGUGUGAAAAUAUCAAAUGCAAACGUAAUUGAAGCCGAUCUUGUUGCAGCAAACGGUGUAAUUCACGUCAUCAACAAUUUAAUCUAAUUUUUAUCUUCUUCCUUCGUUCCUUGAGAAAAACUAUGUCUCCGUGAUUAGAAAUUUCUUACCUGAUAUUGCAAAAAGCAAUUUUAGGUUCCAUCACUCGUUGGCGGGAGUGGGUGUGUAAGAUAAAACUUGAGAAAAUAUCAUUUUUUUUUGUCAGUCACGCAGACACAGUUAGUUAGUAUUCCAUCUAUACGAUUUACGCUGCUGAUUCUAUUUCUUUUGUAAUCAUAAGGACAGCAGGCUGAAUUUGAAUUGAAUAUACCCUUGUCAUUCUUG